CUCCUGCUCCUUGGAAGAGCUCCGACCGAAGAGGCUACUGGGAAAGGGAUGCCUACUCCGAGAGGGCACGUUGGCGAGCCCCUGCUGAUACUAGUGGAUCUGUUUUGAGGAACACCAGAGACUAUUUAUGAACACAAAAUGGAAAACUCUCCUGUGCGAAGGUGACACGGUUUUCCUAUGGACCUUUAUCUUCUGCAGCUCGACAGCACCAGCGAAGACUGCUUCUUCUGUCAGCACAUAAUAGAACCCACGCCAUGUCGUCACAGGAGGGGGAGGAGCCACCUCCAUACAGCAGCCAACCAGACAGCCGUCUUAAGAGCAAGAAGCCACCCAGCCUGGUCAUAUCCAUCCCUCCAGAAGAGGACCAGCCAGAGGUCCGUGUCGACGACGCCUAUAGACAGCCCCUUCGACCCUCUCUGAAGAAGGAUGCGAGCCAGGGGGCCAGCCCUAGAACAGGCAGUGCCAGCGGCCCUGGGGAUGGGGACCUGUCUGGUCGUGAGAGGAGGCCCACUCUCAACAGACAAACCUCCCUCUCAAAGAGCAUCAGCAGGGGCACGGCCCAGUGGUUCGGCGUGGGCGAUGACUGUGAGACGAAGCAGCAGACGUGGCACAGGAAGAGCAUGCGCCACUGCAGCCAGCGCUACGGCAAGCUGAAGGCCCAGUACCGGGAGCCGGACCACACGGCCAGUAUGGACCAGGGCCUGGACUCCCCCCAGACACACAAGAUGCCAAAGAUCGUGGAUCCUCUGGCCCGGGGACGGGCCUUCCGAUACCCAGAGGAGGUGGACGGGCGGGGCCCCCGGACCCCUCACGCCCCCCAGGGAGGGCCGGUCACCCCGGGGGUCACCUCCCUGUCCUCCUUCACCAGCCAGCGCUCGGGCUACGGCCGGCCCACCCGCCGCAAGAGGGAGUCGGUGGCUCGGCUGAGCAUCCGGGUGGCGUCCAACGUGCUGCGGGGUCGUAAUGGUCUGGCUGGCUCCCACUCUGGACGGAGUUACCCCAGGAGGAGCUUUGUGAGGCCCAGCUGGAUGGAUGAGGACAUGGUGGACUCGCAUGCACACAGUGCAGACACCUCAGAGUCCCUCUUCUUCAGCAAGCACGACGCCCACGAGGAGCAGUACUCCAUGGCGGACGACGUGUUUGAGUCGCCCCCCAUGUCCGCCCACGGCCAUGACGAGCAGCCCGACUACCUCCUCCACAGACACAGCCUCAAGGACAUAUCGAAGAUGUCCCGGACGCCCCGGACUCCCCGGACUCCGGUGACCGACAAAAGCCAUCCUCGGCGCGGGCGGCGCAUCGCCUCCCAGGUCAAACACUUUGCCUUUGACAAGCAGAAGCGGCAGUUUGGCAUGGGCGUGGUCGGCAAGUGGCUGAACCGCAACUACCGCCGCAGCAUCAGCAGCAACGUGCAGAAGCAGCUGGACGACUUCCACAGCCACAGGCCUUACUUCACCUACUGGAUCACGUUUGUCCAUGUAGUUAUCACACUGCUGGCCUGCGGUACAUACGGCUUUGCCCCCAUCGGCUUUGCACAGCACUCCACUACUGACCUGGUGCUCAAGAACAAGGGCAUCUACGAGAGCGUGAAGUAUAUCCAACAGGAGAACUUCUGGAUCGGACCUGGUUCUGAUGACCUGAUCCACCUGGGGGCCAAGUUCGCACCGUGUAUCCGCCAGGACAAGCAGAUCGUGGCGCUGAUCCAGAGGGCCAAGGACCUGGAGAGGAAGUCUGGCUGCUGCGUGCAGAACGACAACUCUGGCUGCGUGCAGACGGGCCGCAGCGCCUGCUCGGAGACCUUAGCCACCUUUGUGAAAUGGAAGAAUCAGAGUUUGGACACCAUCCGCUCAUCAGGAUCUGUGUGUCAUCAGGACCCAAGAGUAUGUGAGGAGCCCGCCUCUGCAGAGCCGCACAUCUGGCCUGACGACAUCACUAAGUGGCCGGUGUGCACCUUCCCUCAGAAGUGGAACCAAACAGGCUACAGGCACAUGGACUGUAACAUAAAGGGACGGCCGUGCUGCAUAGGAACCAAGGGCGGGUGUGAGAUCACCACCCGGGAGUACUGCACCUUCAUGCACGGCUACUUCCAUGAAGAGGCCACCCUCUGCUCCCAGGUUGACUGUCUGGAUGAUGUGUGUGGCCUGCUUCCCUUCCUCAACCCCGACGUGCCGGACCAGUUCUAUCGCCUCUGGCUCUCCCUCUUCCUCCACGCUGGGCUGUUGCACUGUCUGGUGUCUGUGGUUUUCCAGAUGACCAUCCUGAGGGACUUGGAGAAGCUGGGCGGCUGGGUCAGAAUCUCCAUCAUCUACAUAUUCAGUGGAAUCACUGGAAACCUGGCCUCUGCACUGUUCCUGCCCUACAGAGCGGAGGUGGGUCCGGCAGGGUCUCAGUUUGGCCUCCUGGCUUGCCUCUUUGUUGAGCUUUUCCAGGGCUGGCAGAUGCUGGAGAAGCCGUGGAAGGCCUUCCUCAAGCUGCUAGGCAUCGUCUUGUUCCUCUUCUUCUGUGGCCUGCUGCCAUGGAUCGACAACAUCGCCCACAUCUUCGGCUUCAUCAGCGGACUCCUUCUGUCCUUCGCCUUCCUUCCCUACGUAACCUUUGGCACAUUCGACAAGUACCGAAAGCGUAUUUUGAUCGCUCUCUCGCUGGUGGUCUACUUGGGGCUCUUCUCGUCGCUCAUUGUCUGGUUCUAUAUCUACCCCAUUAACUGGCACUGGCUGGAGCACCUCACGUGCCUGCCCUUCACCAACACGUUCUGUGAGAAGUAUGACAUAGACCACGAUAUAGAGCACGUGGUGACCUAGAGGCACGUCCGGCCGGGAGAUGGUCCUCUAGUACUGGUGGAAAGCUAGCGCUUUAAUCCUGAUGAGGCAAAUGAUUCCCAAGUGGAUGGCGCUCAAGUGUGGAUGAGCAUUUCAGUUGUAUUUGUGCAUCGCCGUCGGACCUUCAGAGAAAAAUGGAUACGGUACAUGGAUGGGGGAUAAUUGAAUAAUGCCAUGAUGUCUGUCUUCCUAGACCUCAACUCUCUGCCCUCUCUCCAUCCUUGUAAAACCUCAACUUGCGUCAACAUCAACCUGCUUUCCCAUUUUCUAUUCACAAACUGGUCAUCACAGCUAAUGCUAUCAUCAGAGGUUUGCUGGAAGUUUGAAGAACACGAGAGAUGUAAAUUAAGAAGACAUGGCUAUAUUUUUUUUAUUUUUGCUAAUUACUUGACCAGUAAGGGUACGUACCACUGGAUUUUUAACAUUAUUUCAGUAGAUAUGAUGCGUUAAGCAUUUGUAAUUUGUUGCUUCACAAUCAAAUCCCUUGGAAGAAGCUCAAUGCAAUGUUGAUAUUGAAAUGUAUUCUCACUUAAAAUGUUUGGAAAGUCAAGAAGUUCCGGUAAAAAAAUGCCUCAAAAUCUACAUAGGAUGUACAAAUUAGAAAUUAUGCGUUUUUCUACAACUUGACAUCUUUUAAACUGUAUCAUGUCUCAUUAUCUGCAGAAUUUCAAUUAUUGAUACAUUACCAAUUUCAAAAGUGCACUAAGCCUUGGUGAUAAGUUAUAAGUAGUUGCAACCUCUGCAGGAAUUCUAUCAAAACCACUUGCUGCCUUAAAAUAACAAUUACCUUUUAUGAAGAGACGGAUUGCAGCCAUCUCAUUCUCUUCACAGAUCACAUCCAUAUGUUUUGAGGCAUCUGAGCGGUUUUACCCACUGUUCUUGUGCAUGUUCUUGCUAUACCGGUUCCAUCUUUUAAAUCUCAUUCAUCGUGUUUCACUUGUCUGUGCGCUAGCGUUUACAGCACCACUACUGGCAUUUUGAUUGUUCUAAUGUCAUUCUUACAUUCUUGUCUAAACCACAAUUUAGUCAUGUAUUCAGAUUAUUUCAAGUGUUUUUUCAGGAACGCCACAAAAAAGCUAUACUUUUAUUCGUGGGUAACUAUUAUCAAUGUGCCUGGUUAGAUGAAGGUUGCAAUGGGUUUUCCCUGAGCCUUCUCUAUUUGUAACAUACUUUUACUUUGAAUCUUUAGCUCUGUUCGCUGAGGCAAAGCAAAAAAAACAAGGUACACUUCUACUCUGUAUGCCUAUACCCUUCUUUCUAAAACAAGGUACACUUCUACUCUGUAUGCCUAUACCCUUCUUUCU